AUGGGCCGCCCGGAAUCACCCCUCCUAGGGGCCAUUGCUUCACCUGGUGCUCCCAAGGCCGUCUGCAUUAAGGCUGACUUCGAUCUCGAGGGCCACGGUGAGACCACGCGGUCUUGCGAUUCGGGCGCCUCUCAUCCGGGCAAGCGUCGGGCAAGGUGCUGCAGCAACGCUCUGGGCGCGUUGGCCAUUAUCCUUGUGGCCUUUGCGACCGCCCUCUUGACCUUUCGAAUCAUGGUCUCAGGCUUGGAGUUCUUCUUCAACCGUGUGGUCAAUAGCAAAGUUUGCACCCGUGUCAGUUCUUCACCGUGACGCUUCUUCGGGGUUUGCCCGCGUGACGAUAGACCGCAGGACUUACAACGCUUGCUCGACUGUGUCACUCCCAGCCCUCAAAGCAUCAUCAUGUACCCUCUUCGCCCGGUAUCUUUUGGUCCCCGUGCCCCGAUGACUCGGAGACGUUCUGCUCCUAUCUCUCGGUCCCGCUCGAUUACGCCGAGCCCUCGGGCGCAGCGGCAUCGAUCGCGCUGCGCAUGAUCCCCGCCUCCGCCCCACUCAAGGAUCAACUCGGCUACGUCCUGAUCAACCCCGGUGGACCGGGUGGGUCAGGACAUGCCUUUGCGCUGAGAAGAGGCAAAGAAAUUUCGACCGUGCUCAAGCACCGCUAUCAUGUCAUCGGCUUCGAUCCUCGCGGGGUCAACCUCACCGGUCCCAGCAACGACUGCUUCGCGAACCAAGGUGACGCGAGUCGGUUGCAAAAGGACUUUGAAGCCUUGGGUCUGCCGGCCCAAACAGCCGCUUUGGCCAAGGGUCCCUCGGGAAGUCUCGAAGACGACAAGGACAGGCACGGCAGGAGCAGUCGAUGGCAAACUUAUGCCGAUGCGGUCACCAAAGCAUUCGAUCAGAGCUGUCGCCAGAACGGCAACCAUGCUGUUCUCGCAACGAGUUCGACAGCGACAGUUGCGCGGGAUAUGAAGUUCAUCAUCGAAGCACUGGGUCAGCCAAAGCUCGUCUACUGGGGUUUCAGCUACGGUACAAUCUUGGGGGCGACUUUUGCGGCCAUGUUCCCAGACCUCGUGGGUCGGCUUUGGCUCGACGGCGUGAGCGACUCGCAGACGUACACCAAUGACAUCUGGGCGUGGGGUCGAUCGGGCAUGAACAACUCGCAGGAUGUCUGGUCGGCUUUCUUCGUCGCCUGCGCCGAGUCCGGUCCCAAGGGAUGUGCAUUGGCGGAGAAAGGAUUGACUGCUUUGGAGAUUGAGGAGAAGAUCCGCAAGUUGAUUCUGGGUCUCAAUGCUGAGCCCGUGAUUGUCGGUUCGUCCAAGUACGGCCCCGGUGUGGUUCGCGCCGCACAAGUCCACUACAAAAUUUGGACCGCACUCUACGCCCCCAAGUCGUGGCCCGUGUUUGCGGAAGCUCUCGAUGAUCUGAUCAAGGGUAACGGGACGGCCCUCUUCGAGCUCGCCAACGCGGAGAAUGACAAAUUGGCGCGCACCGACUCGUCAGACAAUCUCUUCCAUCGCAAAUCGAUCGAUUCCUUCUGGAGCUCAUCUGUAAGUGAGGGGUUCUAGCUCUGAUGAGGGUUGUAUCCGUCUGAACCGCCGCGUCCCUUCGGCUUCCAGCCCAUUAUGUGCUCCGACACAGACCCUGCCGUCGCCCAGACGCUCUCGGACCCUGCCUCGAUGGCAUCCUACACCCAGUCCAUCGCGGACAUUUCACCCUCGGGUGCUCACUGGGCCCAAUGGGUCGGGGCUUGUCGGCUCUGGUCGUCCAAGGCGAGGGAGGUUUACCGUGGACCUUGGACCGUCGAAACCGGGCUCAAGAAGACGAACCACCCGGUGGUCUUCUUCUCGAUGGAGUCCGACCCCGUCACGCCCGAGAUCUCGGCGCGCAAGAUGGCCGAUGGCUUUGGCAAAGACUCGGCGACUUUCAUCGUUCAACGUAAAGGGUAGGUUAAAGGUUUCAAUCUGAGCAUUCCGGAUGAAGACACUCAGACUAAUGCCGGUCUGCCUCCCGCGGUCCCGAUCUUGCAGUCUCGGGCACUGCUCCUCGGCUCACCCCUCUCUGUGUACCGCCAAGCUGAUCCGCAGCUACUUCCUCGAUGGAACCGUCCCCGAGUACGGCACCGAGUGCGACACCGACGACGGUUUCCUGUUCCCUCACCCUGAAAAGAAGUGGCAGCCCAAGAUCGCCUCGGUCGAGGAUCGUGAGCUCGCCGACGCGAUCUACGCGUUGGGCAUGAAGGGAGCCGUUGGGAUGGAGGACUCGAUGUGA